CUGUAAGUCUCUUGACUUCAUCAUAUUGAUUUUAUUCUGUGGGAUCGACUCUUUAUGGCUAAUUCCUCUUCUGUCACUGAGUUCCUACUCCUGGGUUUCUCCAGCCUUGGGGACUUGCAGCUUGUCCUCUUUGUGGUCUUUCUCUGCCUCUAUCUGAUCAUCUUGAGUGGAAACAUCAUUAUCGUCUCAGUCAUCCGUUUGGAUUGCAGCCUCCACACCCCCAUGUACUUCUUCCUGGGUGUCCUUUCUAUCUCUGAGAUCUUCUACACAAUUGUUAUCCUGCCCAAGAUGCUUAUCAACCUGCUCUCAGUAUUCCGGACACUCUCCUUCGUGAGUUGUGCCACCCAGAUGUUCUUCUUCCUCGGUUUCGCUGUCACCAAUUGCCUGCUUCUGGGAGUGAUGGGUUAUGAUCGCUAUGCUGCCAUCUGCCAGCCUUUGCACUACCCCAUUCUCAUGAGCUGGAGAGUAUGUGGACAACUGGCAGCAACUUGUGUUGUUAGUGGCUUCCUAAUAUCUCUUCUGGGAACAACUUUGGUCUUUAGCCUCCCUUUCUGUGGCUCCAACAAGGUCAACCACUACUUUUGUGAUAUUUCACCAGUCAUCCGUCUUGCCUGUGCUGAAAGUUACACCAAUGAACUAGUCAUCUUUAUCUGUGGAGUCUUGGUGCUUCUUGUGCCCUUGAUCUUCAUCUGCAUCUCUUAUGGCUUCAUUGUCCACACCAUCCUGAAGAUUCCAUCAGCUGAAGGCAAGAGAAAAUCCUUCUCCACCUGUGCUUCCCAUCUCAUUGUGGUCAUUGUUCAUUAUGGCUGUGCUUCCUUUGUCUACCUGCGACCCUCUGCGAAAUACACAUCAGGCAAAGACAGGCUGGUGACAGUGACCUAUACCAUCAUCACCCCACUGUUGAACCCCAUGGUGUACAGCCUCAGGAACAAAGAUGUACAGCUGGCCAUUUGGAAAAUGAUUGGGAGGUCUGGAUUUUCUCUUAAGACUUUAUAAUCAGAACACUUUUCAACAGUGCAUACACGUUUUGGGCUAAUUGUGUCACUAAUUUUUUAAUUCAUGAGAGCAUCUAAUCUUAUUUAUCUGUCUGUAUGGCCUUGCCUAAGUUGUCUGACAUUUUGGACAUUAAUGUUCUCCUAUGUUAAGCAGGGAUAGUAGUACUUCCUUUUCAGGAGUGUUGUAAAGAUUAAGGAAGAUGACAAAGUAUCUAGCAGUAAAGGAUAAUUCUUUUUCUCCUCCUCUUUUCCCUCUAGAGUUAUAGUUCUUAAAAAGAUCUUAACAAACAUUACCCCUUGCCCUACAUUUCUCUUGCUUGUCCAAAAUCUCUGACUGUACUCUUUGUUUAAGGUUAUGUCCAGCUUAAAAUGAAGCAUCUGGAUCUGAAGGUGGCUCAGAUCUCAUAGUAUGACAUGAAAGGAAAAAAUAUUACCAUGCUAAUAAUUAGAUGAUUUCAGAUUUGACACUGGUUAGGUCAUAGUUUAAGCUAUUAUUCCUCUCUGAAUAUGUGUUUUAAUACAUGGGAAAUGGGAUAAUGUCAUUUUCCUUUUCGGCUUCACAGGGUUUUUGUGUAUCUAAUAGAUAAUACAAAAGCAAGCAUGUGUAAAAUGUAAAACUGUAUAAAACGUAAGACCCGUAUUAGACAAGGUUUUGCACAUCUUUGCAAGGAUUUUAUUCCUUUCAGAGUCUCCUAAAAAGGCAUUUCAGGAUGUUUUUUCUGACCACUCCUUUUAACCACUCCUUAUGUAACAUAGAAGAUAGGUUGUCAGAAGAUAAAUGAAUUGAAAAGAAUGAUCCACCAUCCUGUCCCACUUCAGGCUGAAGAUGCUUACAUGGCUUUCCAUACUGACUUUAUUAAGAAGAG